GAGGCUGCUGCCUAAACCCGUAGCGCACCGUGCUGGCCUAGUUCCCCUACCUCCACCUAUUCCGGAACACUUCUCGGUAUUGCGGGUGCGUUACCAUGGCAAUGCGAUACGCCCACAACCCGUGCUACCACUAGCGCAGCCACACUGAUACCCGCCGCAAUACCAGGCUUCCCGUUCUCCGCCGCGAUGUGCGGCAAUGGUUCGUGCUAACUUUCUCCGAUACACCUAACCAGGAACGCCGGCCCGGUUCCAGCUUUCCGUAUGCUCCGUUUUUCUGCCGGAAACUUCCAUAUUUCUGACGGAAUAGGCUCUGAGAGCAGCGGGACCAGUCACCAGUGCCGCAAAACUUGAACUGACGCUGCUGGCGCCGUUGCUACUGGCGCCAUUGCUGCCGGCGCCGUUGCUGCUGGCGCCGUUGCUGCUGGCGCCCUUUGCUGCUCCGCAUGCCAAAAUAGACUCAUAAUUCCCCAUCGCGACCCCUGACACAGGCUCUCAGGCAUCUCAGCCUCUCAGGCAUCUCCGCCUGCGGACUUUUAACUAUCAAGCGCCUAGAUAGCAACUUAGACUGAGACGGUUCAAAGCCUUCACCGCUCGCCAUGCGGCCGCCAUGGCUGGGAUCGUCCCCUCCCGCCAGCGCCGGCAGCCCGUUCAGCGCGUCCAGCAACCCCGGCGGCUUGAUUCUCAGCGCCGGGAGACACGGCGGGAUCGGCGCCGGGUUUGGCGGCGGGCUGUUUAACUCCCUGUGGUCGUACGCGCGGCCCUGGCGGUGGUGGCUCGCGAUAUUAAUCAUCUGCGCGUUUCAAGGGGCCUUAUUAUGGCACUGGUCGAACACCUCCGCUAUAGUCUUCCCCGAUCAGAAAAGCGCAUCGGACGCCGCGAUCGGCGGCGGGGGUAGCGGCAAAGGGGGGUCGCUGAACAGGCAGAGAUUAGGCGACGCUGCCGCGGCCGCCGCCGCCGCUUCCGUGUUCAGGCGGCACCUAAUCAUAGGGUCGCAGCAGCAGGCGCAAGAUGUCUCUAAUCUCCGGUCCGGAUCCUAUACCUCGACCACCGCGUCGCUAUCCGCGGCCGCCUUAGAAGAGCUAGUUCGCAAGGUGGCUGAGAACGUGUCGCAGCGCAUCGAGUCGCACGAGGCGGUGUUAGUUAAUCUGGGGAUUAAGCUGCUCAACCGCGAGCAGCACCUGUCUAAGAUCGACCAGGUUAUAGCGGCGCUAGGGAAAAUCCCCCCCGAAACCGUCCAAGCGGUGCUGCAAGCACAGCUAGACAGCAAAAAGCAGCAGGAAAGGGGAGGCGGAGGGGAAGGGGGAGCGGGAGGAGCAGGGGGCAGCCCCAGAAAGUACCUCCUGGCGAUGUGCUCGGGCGGGCAGCUGAGCAACCGCAUCUCGUGCCUAAGGCAGCACUUUCUGGACGCGGCGCUGCUGAAUCGCACCUUGGUCUUUCCGUCGCACGGGCCUGGUGUGGACUAUGACUAUGAGCGGCUGCUGGAUAUGGAGGCGCCGAGGCGGUGCUUUGGCAACCAAACGUUUCUAACUCUGGACGAAUAUGCUGCAAUACAAGAGGCCAAGCACCCCACGCGGAGGAAGCACGCGCCGGUGAUGGUGGUGGAUGUGUUUGUGUGCCACGUGCACCACUACCAGACUGAGAGGGAAUGUGGGUAUAUCAGACAACGCUACCAGCAGUUGCACAUUCAAUUCGCCCGCACGGUGAUCCCCGAGAAGCGCACCCCGAGCCCGUGGUUCAAGUACCCCUCCAAAGAGUUCAUCUCUCUCUUCAGCUACGACGACUCUGUGAUCGCUUUUGGCAACAUGUUCGGCGUCAGCGGGCAGGACCUCCGCUUCCACCAUGCGCGGCCACUAGUGGUGCUGCCGGGGUGCAAGUACUACAUCAUGCCCUCGCCCAUGGUGCGCCAGGCAGCUGCCGGGUUCAUCAACUCCUACCUUGGCAGCACCACCGGCAUUGUCAGUGCAGGUGGUGAUGCGGGUGCUGGAGUUGCUGGUGGUGCUGCUGCUGCAGCUGGCAGUGGUGCCAGUGGUGGUGCUGGUGGUGGUUUCAUGGCAUUGCACAUGCGGAGAGGCGAUUUCUACCAGCAUUGCGUCAACAUGAAGGGGCACUCCAAGUUCGCCUGUUACCACCCUAUCCGCCAGCUGGCGGCGUGCGUGGCAAGGCGCCUGGAUGAGAACCCUGGAGUGCGGGCGAUCUACCUCUCCACCAAUGGGGAUGACGAUGAGGUGGCGAUGUUUCGGGAGUUUCUGGCAUUUGAGCGCGCACGGCCGCGGAAAUAUGUCAUAAAUGGGACGACUGAGGACGGCCGUGUGGGGAGUGUGGUUCGUGUACGCGGGGGCCGGACAGGUUUUUUCUCCUCCGUGCCUGUCCCGGUGGUUCGGAUGUCGACCAAGAGCUUGGAGACGCAGCCUUGGGCCGAGUCUCUGGUGCAGGCUGGAGCACAUAAUGAUUCGGUGGUGAUUUCUUAUGUGGAGAAGGCGAUAUGUGUCAUGUCGAAUGUGUUUUUUGGCACGUACGGGUCUACCUUUACAGGGGAUAUUGUGCGGCUACGGGAUUGGCUGUUUUUAAACAGCUGUAACGAUGGGAUGAUGUGCCCAGAAACAGACCAGGCGGAGCUUAUCACGCCUUUUGAGAGCUAGGUUCAAAUGAUUCUCUAAUCUCAUUACAUAAUGUUUGCAAGGGGUAUAUAGAUGA